UCGAGGAGAGGAAUCGAGAACGCGGCUGCCGGGAUCGAUUGGAUUAAACUUGAAGUGAAAUUAACACAAAGGAGAGAGUCAGCGAGGACGGGACACAGAGACACUGAAACGAACAUUUACCGAAUUUGUAUAUUUAGAUAACUACGAAAACAAAAUAUAUUGCUGGAGAUACAUACUAACUACACUUUAUUUGAAACAACCCUAAACUGACCCAGCUAGCUAGCUAGCUAAUAACAGGGUGCUGUAGCCUGACUUUGCCUGACACCGUGUUGUCCAACAGAAUUAGGGAAAUAUGGAGUGACAUGCCGGAGAUUAGUUGAGGGAUUAAAGGCUUUGAGGACACACACCUCAGCGGAGGGUUCUCUCUCUCGUGUGGCUGGCGCUCGGCAGCCAUGGCGGACCCCGGGAUGAUGAGCCUGUUCGGAGACGACGCUAACCUCUUCUCGGAAGGGCUGGAGGGUCUGGGGGACUGCGGCUACCCGGAGAGCCAGGUCAGCGCCCUGGGCCCGCAGAUGCCCCUGGACCAGGGCUACGGGCCGCUCUCGUCCUCCCUCCACCACCCGUCCCAGGCCCCCGCCGGCCCGGGACAACAGCCCAAGCUCAGCCACUUCGACCACUUCGGCCAGUACGAGCAGCAGAAGAUGCACCUGAUGGACCAGCAGGGGGGCCGCCUGCUGGGCAGCGGCCCCGGGAACGGCAUGUCCUCCCCCCACUCGCAGUACCACACCCCGCCCCCGCCCGUGCCCCACGGCGCGGGGCCCCACGGCGUGUACCCCGGCAUCGCGGCCGAGCGGCACGGCCAGGCCUUCAUGGACGGGGGCUCCAUGUGGGGCCCCAGGGCGGUGCAGGUGCCUGAGCAGGUCCGGCCCCCGUUCCAGCAGCAGCAGCAGCAGCAGCCCCAGCAACCGGGCCCCCCGGCGCAGCAGUCGGGCCCCUCCGGGCCCCAGGGCCACAUGCAGCAGAUGGCCCCCUACAUGGGCCGGGGGGACUACAGCUCCAUGCAGACGCACAACCAGGCGCCCACGCCUCCUCGAAUGAACCAGUUCUCCCAGGUCCCGCCGCAGGAGGCCAGCCGGGGCCCCGCCGGCAACCACUUCAUGGGCCACAUGGGCCCCCAGCAGACCCCCAACAUGGUGGGACCACCCAUGCGCCAGCAACCACAGCAGCAACAACAACAACAACAACAGCAGCAGCAGCAACAGCAGCAGCAGUUCCACCACCGGCCUGUCCCAGGCUCCAUGCACCCGGAGGGGGUGGUGCACAGCCCCCGCUUCUCCCCAAAUCCCGCCCAGCAACAGCAGCCACAGCAGGGGGCGGGGAGGCCCCAGCAGAGCAUGGGCUACAACCCCCGAAACCCGCCGGUCCCUCCUAACGCCGUCAACAACUCAGGGCAGUACCCACCCUACUCCCCCUACGGCGGCCUCAGCCAGGGGCUGGUGAACAGCGGGGCGAUGGGUCCCGGCAUGGGCCCCAUGGGCCCGGUCUCGCGCUACCCCACCGCCGGCUUCCCCCAGGCGGGGCCGCAGGGCAUGAUGCACCAGCAGCCCCUCCACGUGAACCAAAUCAACUCCCAAGCUAUGCACCCCUCCCAGCAGCAGUCCCCAGCCAAGCAGCAGCAACAGCAACCCCAGCAGCAGCCUCCGCCUCAGGCCCCCUACGGCUCUCCCACCCCCAUGUCCCCGCUGAAGGCCCUGAGCACCACGGGGGGCACCCCUCCUCCCCAGCAGGGCCGCCCGGCCGGCCCCGGCAUGGGCAUGGAGGUGGGCGGGUACGGGGGCAUGCCCCACCAGCCGGGAGGGCCCAUGGGGCUGGGGCAGAGGGGCAUGGGGCCCCGGGGCCUGGCCCCCCAACAGCAGCCCCCGCCGCCGCAGCAGCAGCAGCCCCCUCCGCAGGGCUACAUGGGGCUGUCGCCCAACCAAAGGGACCUGGCCGGGCCCCUGAGGGCCCCUGCGGCGGGGCUGGGGGGGAACCACGCCGACCCCCAGGUGAUGCUGGCGACGCCCCAGCAGGCUCAGCACGGGGGCCCCACGCUCGCGCCCCCGCUGCCCUUCCAGAAGCAGCAGCAGCAGCCCCCGCCGACCCUGCUCUCCCUGCGCCACCAGGCCUCCCCGCCCCCGCACCCUCACCACCAACCGUGGGCCGGCCAGCACCAGUCCCCACCCACCACCCAGAAAGUGCCUCUUCAACAGCCUCCUCCGUCAGACCCGUCAGUGGAAAUGGCAGCAUCUGACAAGCCUCCCGCAGCAGGCCCGAACUCCCAACCGCUCAACUGUGACCAGCAGGCCGAGGGCGAGCAGAAGCCAAAAAAGAAGAAGAAGAAGAAGGCGAAGCUGAGCCCCGAGGAGGCGGCGGCGGGCGCGGGGGACGCCGCCCUCCAGACCUCCACGGACCAGCCCUCCUCCGAGGAGAAGAAGAAGAAGAAGAAGCCAAAAGAGAAGAAGGAACCCAAGGAGCCCAAGGCCCCAAAAACGCCCAAAACACCCAAGGCCCCUAAAGAGCCCAAGGAGAAGAAGGCGAAGAGCACCACUCCCAAGGCCAAGAGCACCAAGAAGCCCAGCGUGAAGAAGCAGGACACGGAGACCGGCAGCGCCAAGAAGAAAGAAGUCAAACGCAAGCGCGAGUCGCCGGAUCACUCCGACGCGGAGAAAACACCCCCCGCUUCGCCGGAGGAGGAGGAUGAUCUGGGCGUUCAGAAGAGGCGCUCCAGCCGCCAGGUCAAGAGGAAGCGCUACACGGAGGACCUGGAGUUCAGGAUCUCGGACGACGAGGGCGAGGACGGCGAGACGGCCGGGCAGAAGUCCCCGUCAACGGCGUCUCAGUCAGAACAGCAGGAGGCCCCCGACGCAGACGGCCCUGUGGUGGAGAAAAUCAUGGGCAUGCGCUUGGUAAAGAAGGAGAUGGAGUCUGGAGAGGAAGUGGAAAUGGAAGAAUUUUACGUGAAGUUCAAGAACUUCUCCUACCUGCACUGUCGCUGGGCAGACCUGGAGGAGCUGGAGAAAGACAAGAGGAUCCAGCAAAAGAUCAAGAGGUUCAAGGCCAAGCAGUCGCUCAACACGUUCAUCACAGAGAUGGAUGAUGAGCCCUUCAACCCAGACUAUGUCGAAGUGGACAGGAUUCUGGAUGUAUCUGAGAGCACUGAUGAAAAUGGAGAGCCUGUCAGUCACUAUCUGGUGAAGUGGUGUUCCCUGGCCUAUGAAGACAGCACUUGGGAGCUGAAGGCAGACAUCGACCAGGCCAAAAUAGAAGAGUUUGAGCGGCUCCUGGCUCUGGAGCCGGCUCUAAAGCGAGUGGAGCGACCUCCUGCAAGCGACUGGCAGAAAUCCGAGAGUUCCAGGGAAUAUAAAAAUGGCAACGCACUCAGGGAAUACCAGCUGGAGGGAGUCAAUUGGCUGCUCUUCAACUGGUACAACACACGUAACUGCAUACUGGCAGAUGAAAUGGGUCUCGGUAAGACGAUCCAGUCCAUCACAUUCCUCUACGAGAUAUUCUUGAAGGAUAUCCACGGCCCUUUCCUGGUGAUCGCACCACUGUCGACCAUUCCUAACUGGGAGCGGGAGUUCCGCACGUGGACCGACCUCAACGUCGUGGUGUACCACGGCAGCCAGGGGAGCCGCAGGACCAUCCAGGCAUACGAGAUGAACUUCAGGGACGCACAGGGUCGUGUGAUAAAGGGAGCCUACAAAUUCCACGCUGUCAUCACCACGUUUGAGAUGAUACUGACGGACUGCCCGGAGCUGCGGAACAUCCAGUGGCGCUGCGUGGUCAUCGACGAGGCCCACAGGCUGAAGAACAGGAACUGCAAGCUGCUAGAAGGACUGAAAAUGAUGGAUAUGGAACACAAGGUUCUCCUCACCGGAACGCCUCUCCAGAACACGGUGGAGGAGCUCUUCAGCCUGCUCAACUUCCUGGAGCCCGAGCGCUUUCCCUCCGAGGCCACCUUCAUGCAGGAGUUUGGGGAUUUGAAAACGGAGGAACAGGUGCAAAAGCUCCAGGCCAUCCUGAAGCCCAUGAUGCUGAGGAGGCUGAAGGAGGAUGUGGAGAAGAACCUGGCCCCCAAGCAGGAGACCAUCAUCGAGGUGGAGCUCACCAACAUCCAGAAGAAGUACUACCGCGCCAUCCUGGAGAAGAACUUCGCCUUCCUGUCCAAGGGGGGCGCCGCAGGGGCCGGGGGAGGGGGCAACGCCAACGUGCCCAACCUGCUGAACACCAUGAUGGAGCUGCGCAAGUGCUGCAACCACCCGUACCUCAUCAACGGUGCUGAGGAGAAAAUUGUGGAAGAGUUCAGGGAGACUCAUCACUCGGAGUAUCCAGAUUUUCACCUCCAGGCGAUGAUCCAGGGCGCCGGGAAGCUGGUGCUGAUUGACAAGCUGCUGCCCAAGCUGAAGGCCGGCGGCCACAGGGUGCUCAUCUUCUCCCAGAUGGUGCGCUGCCUGGACAUCCUGGAGGACUACCUCAUCCAGAGACGGUACCCGUACGAGCGCAUCGACGGCAGAGUGAGGGGGAACCUUCGGCAGGCGGCCAUCGACCGCUUCUCCAGGCCCGACUCGGACCGCUUCGUCUUCCUGCUGUGCACCAGGGCAGGAGGGCUGGGCAUCAACCUGACCGCCGCGGACACCUGCAUCAUCUUCGACUCGGACUGGAACCCCCAGAACGACCUGCAGGCUCAAGCGCGAUGCCACAGGAUCGGACAGAGCAAGGCGGUGAAGAUCUAUCGGCUCAUCACCCGGAACUCGUACGAGAGGGAGAUGUUCGACAAGGCCAGCCUGAAGCUGGGCCUGGACAAGGCCGUGCUGCAGUCCAUGAGCGGCCGGGAGAACGCCGCUAACGGGGUCCAGCAGCUCUCCAAGAAGGAGAUCGAGGACCUGCUGCGCAAGGGCGCCUACGGGGCGCUGAUGGAGGAGGAGGACGAGGGCUCCAAGUUCUGCGAGGAAGACAUCGAUCAGAUCCUGCAGAGGCGAACGCAGACCAUCACCAUCGAGACUGAGGGGAAAGGCUCCACCUUCGCCAAGGCCAGCUUCGUCUCCUCUGGGAACAGGACCGACAUUUCCCUGGAAGAUCCCGAUUUCUGGCAGAAGUGGGCGAAGAAGGCGGAGCUGGACAUGGACGCCAUAAACGGACGGAACAACCUGGUGAUCGACACGCCCAGGGUUCGAAAGCAGACGCGACACUACAGCUCGGUGAAGGAGGACGAGAUGAUGGAGUUCUCUGAGCUGGAGAGCGACUCGGAGGACAAGCCCACCUUGAAGCCGCGGCGGCCGCAGGACAAGACCCAGGGCUACCCGCGCAGCGAGUGCUUCAGAGUGGAGAAGAACCUGCUGGUGUACGGGUGGGGACGCUGGAGUGACAUCCUCUCUCACGGACGCUUCAAGCGGCAGCUGAAGGAGCAGGACGUGGAGACCAUCUGCAGGGCACUGCUGGUGUACUGCCUGCACCACUACAAGGGCGACGAGAACAUCAAGAGCUUCAUCUGGGACCUCAUCACCCCCACCGAGGACGGGCAGACCCGCGCCCUGCUCAACCACUCCGGCCUGUCGGCUCCAGUGCCCCGAGGCCGCAAAGGGAAGAAGGUGAAGACCCAGGCCGCUCAGCCCUACAUGCACCAGGCCGACUGGCUGGCCAGCUACAACCCCGACGUCCUGCUGCAGGAGGACAGCUACAAGAAGCACCUGAAGCACCACUGCAACAAAGUCCUGCUGCGGGUGCGCAUGCUGUACUAUCUUCGGCAGGAAGUCAUCGGCGACCAGGCGGACCGGAUCUUAGAGGGCACCGAUUCAAGCGAGAUAGACGUUUGGAUCCCGCAGCCCUUCCACGCCGAGGUGCCGGCGGACUGGUGGGGCCGGGAGGCCGACAAGUGCCUGCUCAUCGGAGUCUUCAAGCACGGCUACGAGAAGUACAACUCGAUGCGCGCCGACCCCAGCCUCUGCUUCCUGGAGCGCGUGGGCAUGCCCGACGCCAAGGCCAUCGCCGCCGAGCAGAGAGGGGCCGACAUCAUAGCAGAUGGCGCGGAGGGGGCCGAUUUCGACAGAGAGGAUGAGGACCCGGAGUACAAGCCGGCCAGGAUGCCCUUUAAAGACGAGAUUGAUGAGUUCGCCGAUUCCCCGCUCGACGAUAAGGACGAGACCGCGGACGGAGAGAAUUCGGGGGGCAAGCCGGGCGAGGCCCAGGAGCAGGGGAAGCAGUACUGGCCGGGCAGCUCGGCCCUCACCACGCGGCUGCGGCGGCUCAUCACGGCGUACCAGCGCAGCUACAAGCGGGAGCAGCUCAGGCAGGAGGCCAUGAACAAGAUCGACCGGCGCCGGCGCCGCCCGCGGGAGGAGGUGCGGGCCAUGGUGGCCGAACGCGAGGCCAUCAUCACGGAGCGCCGGCAGAAGUGGACCCGCAGGGAGGAGGCGGACUUCUACCGCGUGGUGUCCACGUUCGGCGUCAUGUACGACGCCCGCAAGCAGCGCUUCGACUGGAACCAGUUCCGCGCCUUCGCCCGGCUCGACAAGAAGACGGACGAGAGCCUGGAGAAGUACUUCUUCUCCUUCGUGGCCAUGUGCAAGAGGGUCUGCCGCAUGCCGAUCAAAGCUGAUGAGGAGCCGCCGGACCCCAGCAUCCCGAUCGAGCCGAUCACGGAGGAGCGCGCCUCGCGCACGCUCUACCGCAUCGAGCUCCUGCGGCGGAUCCGGGAGCAGGUGCUGCCGCACCCCGAGCUGGACCAGCGCCUGGCGCUCUGCCAGCCCGGCCCAGACCUGCCCGAGUGGUGGGAGUGCGGCCGGCACGACCGCGACCUGCUGCUGGGCGCCUCCAAGCACGGCGUCAGCCGCACCGACUACCACAUCCUCAACGACCCCGAGCUGGCCUUCCUGGAGGCCCACCGCAAGUUCGCCCAGAACAAGACCGCCGGGGGUGGCGCCAUGCCCGGCCAGUUCUGCAGCACCCCGUACCCCGGACCGGGCCUCAACCCCGCCCACACCCCUAACCCCGCCCUGAGGAAGGAGCACGACCAGGACCCGGCUUACUUUAAGAACGAGGAGCUGGAGUCCCUGGAGGAGAAGGUGGAGAAGAAGCUCGAGGUCGACUCUCUCGAUGCGGAGGUGAAGAAGGAGGACGAGGAGGAGGAGGAGAACGAGGAGGAGGAGGGGAAAGGGGACGUCCAGGUGAAGGAGGAGCCCAGCAAUGGAGAGGAGCAGAAGGAGGAGCACGAGCCCGUGGCUCCCAAACCCAUGGAAGUGGAUGGAGAUGGCGAUGGGGAUGGGGAGGAGGAGGUGACUCCCGCCAAACCCCGGCUGGAGAUGGAGGAGCUGGAUACGCAGGAGAGUGCGGAGGGCCCGGUCGGGUCCGGGUCCGAGCCCAAAUCCCUGUCCGAGAAGGGCUCGGAGGAGGAGGACGAGGACAAGAUGGAGGAGGACGAUAAAUCGGAGGAGUCUUCCCACGCCGAAGUCGGCGCGGCGUCCCAGGGGAAGAACUUCGACGAGGAGAGCAACGCGUCCCUCAGCACGGCGCGCGACGAGACCCGCGACGGCUUCUACGCCGAGGACGGGGAGUCCUCCAUGGCCCACAUCCUGCACGAGAGGUCCUUCUCCUACUCCUUCUGGCCCAAGGACAGGGUGAUGAUCAAUCGCAUGGACAACAUCUGCGAGGCGGUGGUCAAGGGGAAGUGGCCGGUGAACAGACGUCAGCUGUUUGACUACCCGGGCCUGUUGCCUGGAUACACUCCCAGUGCCAUGGACAGCCCUCUGCAGAGGCGGAGCUUCGCCGAGCUCUCCAUGGUGGGCCAGGCCAGCUACAGCGGGAGCGAGGACGUCACCCUGUCCCCCCAGAUGGCCAAGGAGGAGGUGCUCAGCAUGUCGGUCCCCCGGCAGCGGAGGCGCAGGAGGAGGAAGGUGGAGAUCGAGGCGGAGCGCGCGGCCAAGCGCAGGAACCUGAUGGAGAUGGUGGCCCAGCUGAGGGAGUCGCACGCCUCGGACGGCCCCGAGCGGCCGGUGGACCUGACUAAAGCCCUGCGGGAGGCCGCUUCUACCUCAAACCUCUCGUCCAACUUCCUUCUGCCCAACGCCUCCGCCCCCACCGCCGAUGCCUUUAAAACUCAGAUGGAGUUGCUGCAAGCGGGCCUCUCAGGAACCCCCACCAGGCACAUGAUGAACGGCUCCUUCCUGGAGGGAGACGUGCCCACGAAGCGGAGGAGGGGCCGCAGGAAAAAUGUGGAAGGGCUGGAUCUGCUCUUCAUGGGCAGCAAGAGGGCCGCGCUAAACGCUGAGGACUCCGAAGUGACCAAAGCUUUCGCAGACGCGGUGCGCGUGCCACCUCCGCCGCAGAGAAACAUUCCAUCGCCCGACCAGCUGGACCCCAACGCCCACGUCCCCGUCAUCAACCUGGAGGACGGCACGCGGCUGGCGGGAGAGGACGCGCCCACCAACAAGGACUUGAUCGAGUGGCUGAACCAGCACCCUACUUACACUGUCGAUAUACCAAGUUAUGUACCAAAGAACGAGGACCAUCUCCUCUCGCCGUUUCAGAAGCCGAAGCAGAAGAGGCACCGCUGUCGCAACCCCAACAAGAUCGACAUCAACACCCUGACCGGGGAGGAGAGGGUGCCCGUGGUCAACCGAAGAAACGGCAAAAAGAUGGGAGGAGCCAUGGCCCCUCCAAUGAAGGACUUGCCCAGGUGGCUUGAAGAAAAUCCAGAGUUUGCAAUAUCUCCAGAUUGGACCGAGAUCGUCAAGCAGUCGGGCUUCCUUCCCGAGUCCAUGUUUGACCGUCUCCUGACGGGGCCAGUGGUGAGAGAAGAGGGAGUGAGUCGCAGAGGGAGGAGACCAAAGAGUGAGAUCGCCAAGGCGGCGGCCCAGGCAGCCGCAGCCGCGGCCGCGGCCUCGUCCUCGGGCAUCAACCCGCUGCUGAUGAGCAGCCUGUUCGGGGGCAUGGACCUGGCCAGCCUGCACAACCUGCAGAACCUGCAGAGCCUGCAGCUGGCCGGGCUCAUGGGCUUCCCCUCGGGCCUGGCCGCCGCCGGCGGGGACGCCAAGCACGCGUCCGCCAUGCUGCCCCUCAUGCUGCCCGGCAUGGCCGGCCUGCCCAACAUGUUCAGCCUGAGCGGCCUGUUCAACAACAACCUGGCCGCCGCGGCCGCCACGGUGAGCAGCGCCGCCGCCGCCAGCCAGGGCGAGGCCGAGGACGCCUCCUCCAAGAAGGAGGACAAGGAGGAGGGCGGGGAGGACAAGGAGCAGGAGAAGUCGGGCGAGGCGGCCCCGGAGGCCAACGGCGAGGCCUCGCUCAGCUCCGCCGCAGCGGCCGCCGCCGCCGCCGCCGGCAUGUCCGCCAACCCGCUGGCCUUCAACCCCUUCCUCCUGUCCACCAUGGCCCCCGGCCUCUUCUACCCCUCCAUGUUCCUGCCCCCCGGCCUGGGCGGCCUGGCCCUGCCCGGCUUCCCCCAGGCCACGCUGGCGGGGCUGCAGAGCGCCAUGGCGGGGGCCGGCGCCGGGGCCGCGGGCGACGACAAGGAGGCCGGGAAGGAGCCCGCCGCCAAGGCCAAGGCGGAGGACAGGGAGAACGCGGCGGAAGACAGCGACACGGACGAGAGCCAGAACAAGACUGCAGAGUCCUCACUGCUGGAGGACGAGCUGGGACCAGCCGAGGAGCUGGACUCCCUGGACGGAGCCGACGAGGCCGCAGAAGCAGAGGACCACGACGCGUAGUCCCGCCUCCUCCCCACUGCUUUCAAGAAGUGUUUUAAACUUUUUGACAAAUGGUUAGCCCUACUGUUUACAUGCCAGUUUAAUUAUCCAAACAUUUAGAUUUUGGCUUUUUUUUUUUGUUUUUUGUUUUUUUCUCUUUUUUUUGUUUUGUUUUGUUUUGAUUAUUCCCCCCACCCCCUUCGUUUUCAUUUUCACAGGCAAAAUGAAAUGGAAAAACAAGAAGCUGUCUAACAUAGUGUAGCAAAAACAAAAAAAGAAAAAACAAAGUCAUGUUACAUGGAUGUCAAAAUGAUGUUUCUUGGUCCUUGAGUAUUGUGCAGUGCAUUAUUUAUUCUCCUAGGAGAGGUAUGAAAUUUCAAAACUUCAUCUGAAAAUCUUUUAGGACUGAAUCGCUCCAAUAGUGCUCUGCGUUUUCAUUUCCCCCCGACAAUUGAUGUUGUGUUUGACGGGCAGCAAACCUUGAAAUCCAGUGGCACACGACCGCUGCUGAAAAGGAUUAAUGAAGAUGUAUAUUUAACUUUUUUCUAUGGGUUUUUUUUUUUUGUACUGUUUGUUUUUUGCUGUGAAGAUCAGGAUGAAAUUCAUACAUAUCAUGCCUCCAGACUCCGACUGUUUCACACGCUGACAAUCUAACCAGAGGUGUGAAGGACUCCGCCUGAGGAGACAGCAAUAACUAAGGCAGCUGUUGAAUGUUAGAUUAUUCUCAGAAUACCACACCAGGAGGGUGACCGCAAGAUAAAGACAAGAAAAAGUACUACAGUCAAUUUGUCUCUUGAUAUUCUUGUUCAUGCACUGGUAUAAACUUAAAAAGAAUCAGGUACAUUUCUCUAAUGAAAGGACGUUUGUUACUUUAGCCACAAAGCUGAACAGCAUUACCUCAAUUCUAAACUAGCCUUGAAGUUUACAGACAUGACUUUGUAAAUGUUUUUUUCUUAUUUUCUUUUUUGUGAUGUCUCGUUUUUUGUUUUUGUUUUUUUUUUGUUUUUGUUUUUUGAAACCAUGUAUGAUAAAAAUGUAAAUUGCUGCCAACUGUAGUAAUGACGCUUUUAAUAAAAGUGACCCACAAUAUUCAUCUAGGAAACCAAAUCAGAAUGUUACGUGGUCUUUUCUGUAGGUUUCUGUCCUUAGAACACACUAGGCUGGCAGUUGAGCUUGUUUAGAUGAAGUUGAGGCCGAUUAUGUGGUUGCCUCACCGGCAGGCAGAAGUACAGCUGUAUGGGUUGAUGAUAGUUGGCAGAAUCCUUUUUUUCCCCAUAAGAACUCAACCGAUGGAUUGGAAGACUGGCUCCAGACACCUAAAUGGAGUAGUUUCAAGUGGCACCUCAGACCACUUGACUGCUGCCAUUACAUCUCUGAGCGGGACGAUGUGUUCAACCCAUCCAUUGUAUGUUGUCUAUUUAAUUUCCUCUAUUUUCCAAUAAAAGAUCUAAAACAA